GUCAGACGUGUAUCUAAACGGGAAGUUCAUCCCUAAACAGCCGCUUGAUCAACAGUGGUAUGAGAGGUCGCUGGAUCGCGCUUUGUUACAGUGUGAUAAUAUACUAAUGAAUUCAAAAGAGGAUGUCAUCCGACUUAACGUUAGACUUCGAAAAUCAUCGGCAAUACCCUGUGAUGGAUAGUGAGGCAGGCAUCAUCUCCAUCGAUCAGGGGGGAGAGUGGGACUUAAGCCUGUUCGAUGAGCUGGAGAAACUCGGCGAUGAGCUGGGGGAUGCAGAUGAGCUGCUUGAGGCUCUUGAUAAUGCUGGCUAUGCCAACGGUGUUCCAGAUCUGGACUUUGACAUCGACAUUCCACCAUGGAAUGAAAUGGAUACAUGCAGCAUUUCCACAGAUGGUGAGGUGAGUGUGGACUCUCUGUCACCUGCCCACACUCUGAGCUCGGUGCCCUCUCCCGCCUCAGUGGAAGCUUUGUCUCCGUGCUCCUUGCAAGAUGAGGCCCUGUCUCCACAAUCGCAGCCGUCUCCUCUUUCAGUCUGCUCAGAGUCCAGUGGCUUUUCUGAAAUCUCUUCCCCACCUAAAAAAGCUGCAAAGAGGACCAAUCAGGUGGCACGAGCCAAGCCAGUUCAGUCAAUCAAGAAGCCGAUUCAGAUUGGCCCAAAGGUUUCCAUCCAGCCCAAACCACUGAUUACAGCUGUGCCAUUGGCUCAAGCAGCAGCUCCCAUGCAGGCCAAGACAAUCAUCAUCCAGCCCCUGCAGACCACUGUGCUCCCUGUGGUAAAACCAGCUCCAGUCAACAUCAAACCAGCACCCCCUGCAGGUCACCCUCUUUUGCUGUCUCAGCCAAGCCAGCUACUGCAGAUCCAAACACCACAGGCCAUCUCUGGGAGUGUGGUCACUAUGCCAGCACUCAGCCAGGACUGGUCUGUACCCGUCGCUGCUCCACCAGUGGUUUCAGGCACACUUUUGACCCCAUCCUCAGAGGAUGAUUCCAAGUUGUCCCAGAGACAGCAGCGCAUGAUAAAAAACCGCGAGUCAGCGUCCCUGUCUCGGAAAAAGAAGAAAGAGUAUUUGCUCUCGCUGGAAGCUCGCCUGAAGGUGGCGUUGUCUGAGAACGAGGUGCUCAAGAGUGAGAACGGCAACCUCAAGAAACAGCUGGAGUGCAUUCUGAGCGAGAAUACAGUGCUGAAAGCAACAGCACCCAAAAGGAGAGCGGUGUGCCUCAUGGUGGUCGUGGUGUUCCUCGUUCUUAAUGUCGGACCAAUGAGUCUGUUUCAGGGUGGCCCAGGCUCUUCGCUCGAAGUUGCUUCCAUGCAGCACAGUGGUAGACACCUGUUGGGUUUCUCACCGGAGGCGGAAAUUGAACACCUGAUGGGUCCUGAGGCUCUUGGCAGCUGGCCGUCUGAGAUGGGCGACAGAUCUGAAGAUAAAGCCCUGAUGGUGGUAAAGGAUCCCAUCUUUCUCAGACCAUCUCCGCCCUGCCAGCCUUCUGUCAACAGGACCAAGUGCAUUGAGUUGGCCCAUGAGUUGAGGGGUUGGGUCCACCGUCACGAAGUUCACCAGACCAAAUCGAGACGAGAGAAUAACAGCAACCACAAACCCACCAGGACGAUUCUGAAAGCAGGAAAUAAGGAGGACGAAGGUAGCCAGAUUGUGACGGUUCAAUAUACAGAAACUACUGCGGAAAAGAAUCCUGGCAGUGAGCUGCAGGUGUACUACGCCCCUCGUCACACGUACACCGACUUCUUUGAUGAGCUGAACCGCCGCGGCGACACCUUCUAUGUCGUGUCUUUCCGUAGGGAUCAUCUCCUACUUCCUGCCACCAGCCACAAUAAAGGAAGUCCACCCAAGAUGUCUGUCGUGUUGCCAGCCAUGAACAUAAAUGACAGCAUUAUAAGGGACAAAGACUUUGAGGUGAUGAUGCAGAUUGACUGUGAAGUAACAGACACCAGGAUCCUCCACAUCAGAUCUUCCAGUAUCCCGCCUCUGUUCCGGGUGAACCGCAGUGACACGUUUUACCAGAACUCCCCAGCAGAGAACAAGUCUGCGCCUCCUGUCGGUGUGCUAAUGGGGUCUGCGUAAGAUCAUCAGCGACUCCUGCAUUCUUUACACCCCUCAUUAAAACUCAUAAAGGCAAGCACAAGAUAACACCUCAGUUAAUAAUUUUUCUCAUUUUUAUUUGUAUGAAUGUGCUCUGCAGAAAACUAGUCAUUGGAGGUUACAAAGGAGGCUCAAUUUGUCCUCACCGUUCAGCCCCUUUCUGGCUGAUUUCUGGAGCUGGACUGUAAUGGGGUCCAAGCAGCAGCAGACUAGCUCUUUGUGUGGCAACGCUGACUUACCCGUGUAACCCCAGAUGCUUUAUGUAAGGGUAAUUGUUUAGCGGCAGGGGGCAGAGCGUUGAACCUUGAGUUACCCCAUCAUAACACAAAUACUUUUUCCCCUUACAGCUUACUUUCAGUCGGCUCUUUUUUUUCUGCACAAGCUCCAAAGCUGUGUGUGUGUGUGUGUGUGUGUGUGUGUGUGUGUGUGUGUGUGUGUGUGUGUGUGUGUGUGUGUGUGUGUGUGUGUGUGUGUGUGUGUGUGUGUGUGUGUGUGUGUGUGUGUGUGUGUGUGUGUGUGUGUGUGUGUGUGUGUGCUUAAAAAACAUUAAAUACAUUUUAAAAAUGCAUUUUUAUUUAAAAUGACCUAUGUUUGUAUGUAUCUGAUUGCUACAAAAUGGAGUGCUAUAAUAAUUUCUUUCUGUCUCUGAAUAAAGCAAAUCUUAUCAGUGAUGUAGUCAGACAUGACAGAUGUGUUAUCUGCAGCAACAGAGGCACAAACUCAGGAAGUUAAGUGAUCUUUGAACGCUAUCUGGCUAAUUGCUCUGUUAUCUGCUGGUUUCUAUUGCUGUUGAUGAAGAUUUUCACCAGUUAAUUUUUUCGGGUCUUCACUGUGUUUCUAUAUUCAUGGAAAGGUUUGGAUACUGUACAUAUUUAUUGCUGUUAUUUUGUAACAGCAAACAUCUGUGGUUUAAUCCAAUUCCCUCAUUUUUUUUCCUUUGAAAAAUUCAGAAGUCAAGUUGUUUUUUUUCUUUAGCUUUAGUUCAUUUUUAUUUUGGUGAUUUUUUUUUAAAUGCUUUUUUGUUAUUCCUGUUGCCUCCGAAAAACAUGUUUUAUAUAUGAAAUAAUAAAUGGCAGAUAGAAAAUCUAUUUAUGCAUAAAAACUAGCUUCUAUUCAGUUCACUGUGUGGACAUCUUCAAAUUUUAUCCCAGGGCAUAAAAAAAGCUUCAUCAUAUCUUAUAAAAGCUCGUUUUUGCCACUGAAAUAAAAACAUUCAACAAGUUUCAGUUUUCUAUAUCAAAAUUUCAACUUACUAACUUGAACUUAUGAGACGAUAAAUCCCAAUUGAUAUAAUGGCAAAAAAUGCCUUUUUCAGUUGCAUAAACACUUAAUAGUUACAGUAAAAGGCCUGAUGUUUAACCACUGGUUUCAAAAAACAAACUGUGAGUACUUCUCCGUCCACACAGCUCCUGCUUUUAUUUACUGCAUUUGAGAACAGUUGCAUUUUUGUGUUUAAUUAUGAUGGUCUAUGAUUUGUUUUGCUAAUUUGAGGGUAAAAUUUGCACAAUUAAUGCAGAACAUUGGAUGUACUGUUCUGGCUUUUAAUUUCUUAUAUUUGUUUUUUUGUUAAGCUAUGAAUAGAGACAGAUCUUAUAUAAUAAAUCACAUAAAAUAAAUAGAUAAAAAUAUGUGAUCAGAAUUAGUAACCCGUUUCCUGUUCCUGUACAUAGCGAUAAAGCGAAGUCCUCUCUGUAUCUCUAAAAGUGAAUUUCUUUUCGUUGCAGGAUUGUGCUGUGCUGUUUUUUCUUUCUUUACCAACACAGGCCUUCUCUUUGUGUGUAAAUUCCUUUCUGCUUACAGAAAUACAUUUGGGUCACCACAGUGUUUUCGCUGCAUCCCUGCUGUAUAUGGGGGCAAAGAAAAAGUACAAUAAAAAAAACUUGUUUUAUUUUUUUUUUAUGUAUGUGCAGAAACCAAAAUAAACACUGGAUUUUCUGUA